AUGGCAGGAAGAUCCACAUUGGGAUGUAGCAUGUGUAAAGCUAAACGCAAGAAAUGCGAUGAAGCCAAGCCGGAGUGUCGGCGGUGCACCACCAGUGGCGUAACAUGUGUCUAUGAAUAUGUGGAAGUCCCAAGAGAACAGAGCUACAAGGUCAGAAGGACUAAGCCAGCACCACGCACCAUUCCCGAGCGAUUGGCUACCGCACCCCGGGAUGUAUUUCGAAAUGUCUUGUUUUCCCCGGAUUCCUUAGGGCCUAGCUCCAGCCGUCCUCCCGAUUCUUCACCAGUAUCCGGGAGCUCAGCCAUUGUCUCUCGUUCUAGUUUACGCGAACCAUGGGCCAAUCAGCCAGACCUUGCACACUCUACAGAUCCUCUCGACCGUACGUCAUCACAAACAUUUCCACUUGUACUUUCGCGGAUUCCCUAUCAGAUCGAUCAGAUCGACGUUCGGAGUCCAUCGGUGAACCAUCGUGGGCAAGACCUUCGAAUCCCGGGCACGUAUAAUGUAAUCCCUUUCAAUCCCGUUGUGGUGCCGACGGGAUCACUACGGACUGUUGAUCAUGACGAAGUGGACGAGGCAGACGAAGACCCUGAAGGAAUUCAGGCCUUGAUGUAUACGGCUCCUACUCUGGACAAGAACGUGACCGAUAACUCGCUUCCUUUCGUGUUACACUGCUACUCGCAAUGGACAGUUGCCUCGAUAUUCGAACCCCUGGAAAUAGUGCAUGGUAUACGGGAGCAUGCUAUCCAGCGGUUCUCAUCACAGGAUACGCGAUACAAGACCAUACUAAUGGCCAAUGUGAUGAAGGGAUUCGCACAAGACCCGCUAAUUGAUAACAAGAGGAUGUCUAUUCUGAGCUAUUUAGCUGUCGAAGUACAAAAAAUUGGUUGCUCAUAUUUGACCAAGCCGCAACCAACAUCUGAACAGGACAGACAGAACGCAAUGUAUAUAUUAGACUAUGCACUUGAGGAUAUCGCCACUAACUACCUGGAAAUAAAGGUACUCACACUCCAAAUACGUACCCAAUCCACUUCUUCCCUCAUGAAGUCGAUGAACUGUAUUGCACCCAUAUUUCGACGUGCGUGCCCCGAUUUACCUGGGAGGCCGAUCAAUCUCCCAAACAUCAUCCUGGGCGACAGAAUUGGUCUUCGGUACUUUGCUUGUGCCGAUAUCUUAGCAUCUGUUCUCAUCGGCAUACCGACUUGCUUUCAGUACGAAGUACCGUUCUCACUUGACCUGUGCAACCGAGUGAAGAGCUACCAGAGCUUCCAAUCGAUUCAAGGUGUCCCGGAUCAACUUAUCAUGUUCUUUGCGUGGGUCAAUUCUCUAUGCGAGACACCUGGAGCUGGAGAUAAUCCGGAGGUGGUUGCAUGGGCGGAGGAGAUACUGCCGCAGAUCAAGUUUGUUGGCGGCGAAACAGGUGAUCCAGUUCUGCGUAUUUGCAGAAUGGCAAUACAGGAGUGUUGGAGACUGGCGGCUUACAUUUAUCUUUAUAUGGCCUUGUGCAGAGUUGACGCUCAUGACCCCCGGGUGGUACGAGCUCAACAGAACAUGUUACGUGUAAUCAAAAGGAUCAAGCAAGGACGGCUCCCCGAUCCAUUUUUGGGCCCUAUGAUUGUUGGACCUGUAUGUAUCUAUGACGUGUUACAAAAUUACCAACAUCGUAUCAACCUGCUCCUGGACUUCUCUCUCGACGCUGUGGCAUAUACAGAACCCAGGUAUGUCGCUGAGAUCUACGCUAGGAUGCAGUACAUGCAAGACGAGCAUAAGAUGGCGACAGACGUAAGAAGUGCGACGAGACCAAGCCACAAUGCCGGCGAUGCACAAGCGCUGGAAAAAUCUGCAGCUACGACACCCCGUCCGAGCGAUCACCUUGACCCGCUGCCAUCAGCUUCUGGUAGUUUUUCCGAGUCAUCGGUUACUGGACUCUACCUGCGAACUAACUUUAUUCGCCCUGGAGAAUCCACUGUUUCUAUGUCAUCUCGGGCUUCUCUCAUACCCUCACGGGCACUCUACAGUGCUGAUCUCGUCAACACUUCGAUUCCGUCCGAAAAUAACCCCCAAUCAAUUCAAAAGCGGCAGCAGCAAGGCACCGAUGGCGAGACUUUGAGGAAUCAUAUUCCGGCUCCGAUCAAAUUAAUACAGACUAUUGACAAUACUGGACGAGACGGAGAAUACGACCCCGAAGGCAUUCAAGCUCUAUUAUGUACAACCCCGACCAUGGAUAAGAACGUCCCGGAUAACUCUCUUCCGUUCGUGUUACAGUGCUAUUCACAGUGGGCUAUUGUGAUGAUUUUCGAGCCCUUGGAGAUGGUCCAUGGGAUACGUGAACGUGUUAUCCAAAGAUUCUCAUCUGAGGAUACACGAAUCAAGGCUAUUCUUAUGGCCAACAUCAUGAGAGGGUUUGCGCGGAACCUAGUCGUUGACAAAAAGGGAGCGUCCAUUUUGAGACAUUUAGCCGUCAAUCUGCAGAAACGCGGGCUUUAUUAUACAACCAAACUAAACCGGCCAAUACUUGACGUAGACAGAGAGGGUGCUCUGUGUAUGUUGGACUAUACAUUUGAGGUACUCACGCUCCAGCUGCAUUCGCAACCGACCACCAUUUUUAUCCAGUCGCUAGAUUAUGUUGCAGCCAUAUUCCGUUGUGCAUGUCCGGAUCUACCCGGAAAGCCGAUCAACCUCGCGGCCCUUAUGCUGGGCUCUAACACUAGCCUUCGAUGGUUUGCUUGCUUGGAUGUCUUGCACAGUAUUCUUAGUGCCAAGCCGACCCACUUCCAGUAUGACGUGCCAUUCUCGAUAGAAUUGUGCAACCAAGUACAAGCAUCUGCGAGUUUUCAGGCGGUUCAAGGCGUCCCUGACCAGCUCAUCAUGUUUUUCGCGUGGGUCAACUCUCUAUGCGAGACACCUGCUGGAGAUAGUCCCGAGGUGAUUGCGUGGGCGGAGGAGAUAUUACCUCAGAUCAGAUUUGCCGGUGGCGAAACCGGUGAUGCGCUGUUACGUAUUGGCAGAAUGGCAAUACAGGAGUGCUGGCGGUAUGCAGCCUACAUUUAUCUUUAUAUGGCCUUGUGUGGAUCCAACGCUCAUGAUCCUCGGGUGGUACGGGCUCAAAGGGGUAUGAUACGUGUGAUCAAUGGGAUGAAACAAGGUCGGAAUCCGGACCUCUUUUUGGCCCCGAUGAUGAUCGCUGGAGUCGUAGCGUUGAAAGAUACCCAUCGGAAUAUAAUUCGCCAAAGAUAUCUGGGCGUUCGUGAAUUCUCCGAGCGGGGGACCGCCUUAAACGAAUGCAUAUUGCAGCUGGAGGACAUAUGGCGACGGACGAGUGACGAAGAUCGACCGGCCGUCUGGGCUGAUUUGAGGAUAGCCUUUCGUCGAGUGACGGGCAAAUAG